AAUCAACAAAAACAGAGAAUCACAAAAAGCCAAAACAAAAACAAAAAAAUGGCGACGACGGCGGCGGCGACCCUCCCUAAACCGGAGCUGCAAGGAGUCCAGACGACACCCCCGAUGAAAAUAACAGAACCGAGGAGGACCCGCCGCGUGUCGCCAUCGGGGAUGAAGAAGGGAUGUUUGAAUUUGGUUCUGUUCUACUCCAACAGGGCGGUUCGCGAGGAUUCCGGGUGGGUGGCGGCGGGAUGGAUAAAGGAGUCGCUGAUGCAGGCGCUCAACAAUCAGCCGCUGCUCGCCGGCCGCCUGAGGAAGGAGGGUUCGGAAAUAAUGGAGAUCGUGUCGAACGAUAGCGGAGGCCGGCUGCUGGAGGCGACUGUGGCGAUGGGAUUGGAGGAGUUUAUGGAGAUGGAGGAGGAGGUUAGGGCGGCGGCGGAGGCGGAGCUUGUUUUCUGGAAGGACAUCGAUCAGAAGAAUCCCCACUUCUCUCCCCUGCUCUACGUUCAGGUGACGAAUUUCAAGUGCGGCGGGUACUCCGUCGGAAUCAGCUGCAGCCUACUCCUCGCCGACCUUCUAAUCGCCGAUAACUUCCUCCAGAAAUGGGGGGAAAUCCACAAGGAAAUGAUAUCCACCUCCGCCGCCAAUCUCCCAAUCUUCUACCUCCCUCAUAUGAAGCCCAAUGGGUCGUUCACGCUCGAAGCAUUCAGCUCGACUCCGACAAGGGGCCAGGCCCACACAUUUAUCCUGAAAAUAACACAACCACGUGACCAAUUGGACCACGAGGAGGCCCAAUUGGCGGAGCUCUGCAUGGAGGAGGCCCACCGCAGGUUCGGCUCGGAGGGGAAAAUCUCGAGCUUCCGCGUGGUGGAUUUGAAGGAACCGCCGGCGGUUUCAGAGGUGAAGGCGUGGAGGCCGGAAUCGGAGGAGAAGAAGCCGCCGCCGGGAGGAGAAGGAAUUACCGUCGGGAACGCGACGUGGAAGGAUUUGGGGAUCGACGAGGUGUCUUUUUAUGACGGGAAUAAGCCCGCUGGCGUCACGUGCUGGGUGAGCUGGCAAAACGACGACGUGUUGGUGAUGCCGAUUCGCGAUUGUGGCGGUUUCGGCGGCAACGGCGAUGUGAUCGUGGUGGUUGCCGUCCCCGGCGAGGAGAAGUCAGUAACCGCCAUUGUUUUUUAGACCCGUAAGAAGGAAGGGAGACAGGGGGGGUGUUUGGAGACUCUCAUUUCGCUACUACGUCUGUUUUGUGUAAUUCUUUCCUUUUUUGUAUUUUGAUUCUCUGUUCCGGGGCAAUAUGGGUAGGGAUGGUAAAUUUGGGUAUUGAUGUGAUAUUUGGUAUUUUGUUUAUUUUGUUAGUGCUUAGUGUAGCGGGAUCAUUUGGAUUUACAUGAAUUUCUUAUUCAGAUAUGAAUUAAGUCAUUAUUAUACGAUCUCCAUCGUCAAAUUGUAUUAACAUAAUUCAUAUAGAAUCUACAUCUACAAAAUAUAGUCCUAAGUUCAGG